GGGAGGAGCCUGUAAUGCUGUUGUCAGGUCCUGCUCACUGUCAGGACUCACAGUCACUCAGCUCACAGACUAGCAAAAGCCAUGUCUGUUUUACUUGGAGGCUACAGUUUAUCCUUUCUUGGAGUUAGCGUCUUCAUUGCUGCUCUGACCUACAUCACCUACAAGCUGCUGGGCGACCACCUGCAGAAAUGGUUCGAGAUGAAGCCCAUUCCUGGAUUGGAGAAAACAUAUCCGAUUAUUGGGAAUUCUCUGUACUUUAAAGCGAACGCAGGGGAGUUCUUCAAUCAAAUUUUGGAGUUUACCGAUACCUUCAAAGAUGCACCGCUGUUUAAAAUCUGGGUUGGACCAGUUCCAUUUGUGGUUCUCUUUCAUUCAGAAACUGUAGAGAAGGUCCUCAGUAACCCAAUUCAUCUGGACAAGUCUUUUGCGUACACCUUUCUUCAUCCUUGGCUUGGAACCGGUUUGCUUACCAGCACAGGAAAAAAGUGGAAGCAGCGCAGGAGGAUUCUGACCCCGACCUUCCACUUCUCCAUUCUGACGGACUUCCUGGAAGUGAUGAACGAACAGGCAGAACUUUUGGUGGAAAAGCUGGACAAGUUGGCCGGAAAGGGUCAAUUCAACUGCUUCAGUCACGUCACCCUCUGUGCUCUGGAUAUUAUCUGUGAAACAGCAAUGGGCAAGAAAAUCUAUGCUCAGAGUAACUCUGAAUCUGAGUAUGUGAAGAGCGUCUACAGAAUGAGCGACAUUAUCAGCCGAAGACAAAGGGCGCCUUGGUUUUGGCCUGACUUUGUCUACUACUUCUUUGGCGAGGGCAAAGAACAUGACAAAACCCUCAAGAUCCUCCACUCCUUUACUAAAAAAGUUAUCCAAGAAAGAUCAGAGAGCAUGUCCCGUACUGAUCCCGACAGUGACUCUGACCAAGGUCCAAAGAAACGCAAAGCUUUUCUAGACAUGCUGUUGAACACAAUUGAUGAAAAUGGCAACAAGCUGAGCCACCAAGACAUUCAGGAGGAGGUGGACACCUUUAUGUUCGAGGGUCACGACACCACGGCUGCCUCCAUGAACUGGGCUCUACAUCUGCUCGGCUCCUACCCUGAGGUCCAAAGAAAGGCUCAGCAGGAGCUGCAGGAGGUGUUCGGUACAUCUGACCGACCAGCGAGCACUGAGGACCUGAAAAAGCUCAAAUACCUGGAAUGUGUGAUCAAAGAGGCGCUACGGCUGUUUCCCUCCGUGCCUUUCUUUGCCCGAAGGCUCGGCGAGGACAGCCACAUCAAUGGUUUCAGGGUUCCCAAUGGUGCAAAUGCAAUCAUAAUCACCUACGCUCUUCAUCGUGACCCCCGGUACUUCCCGGAGCCUGAGGAAUUUAGGCCGGAGCGUUUUCUGCCUGAGAAUGCAACUGGAAGGCCUCCAUACGCAUACGUCCCUUUCUCAGCGGGACUCCGCAACUGCAUAGGACAGCGUUUCGCACUGAUGGAAGAAAAGGUUGUUUUGUCGUCUAUUCUGCGCAAGUUCAACGUUGAAGCUUGUCAGGAUCGAGAAGACCUUCGUCCAGUGGGAGAGCUCAUCCUGCGACCAGAAAAGGGCAUAGAAAUUAAACUGGAGAAAAGGGUCUCUCACUCUUAAGAUAACUGGGAUUUAAUCCUUUUUUGGAAUGCAAAGCCAAAGGAAAGGACGAGUGCUUUGAUGCCCAGUGCCACUAGAUGGCAUCAAUAGUACUCUUUAUGGACAAAUUUAAACCCCUUUCUGCUCCCUUUCUUUCUUGCUCCUUAAUAAAUAAAUAAAUAGUAAAGUUGCACCAAAUUGGUCACUAAACUGCUGGGAAGCUGGACGUAUCAUAGGGAGGAAAGCAUCAUUGAAGUGUUCACUAAAUGGUAUGAAUGCUGUUAUUCUUCCUGAUGAUGAGGCAUGCAGUUAAAGGUAAUCCUGUCCUACACUGACGGAGGCUGACAGCCGACAGUUUAACAUGUACCAAAUAGUGUGCUCAGAGGCAUUUGCUCAGCAGAGCCCUCUCUGGAGAAGCCACUGCAUCUGAACCAUUAAGUGGACUUGAUGUUGAUGUCGAAACAUUUCCUGUCAAAAAUGAACAAAGCUUCAAUAAAAAGAACUAAAAAUAGAUUUUGAA